AUGACCCUGUCGGGCGGCGGCAGCGCCAGCGACAUGUCCGGCCCCACCGUCCCGGCGGCGGCGGCCGAGGAUGUGGAUAUCGACGUGGUGGGCGAAGGAGACGACGGGCUGGGCAAGGACAGCGACGGCGAGGCCGGCAGCCCCCCCGCCCUGCCGCGCCUGCCGCUGGACGAGGCUUCGGAGCUGGCGCUGCCCGCGGAGGCUUGCGCGGGCGCGGAGAGCGGCAGCAGCGGCAGCGGCAGCCCGGCCCAGGCGGGCCCCGGCGGAGCGGCCGAGGGCGGCAAAGGGGGCGGCGAGGAGGGGGCGAGCGGCGGGGCGGCGGCGGGGCAGAGCAAGCCCAAGAGCAGCCUGGUGAAGCCGCCCUACUCCUACAUCGCCCUGAUCACCAUGGCCAUCCUGCAGAGCCCGCAGAAGAAGCUGACGCUCAGCGGCAUCUGCGAGUUCAUCAGCAACCGCUUCCCUUACUACCGGGAGAAGUUCCCCGCCUGGCAGAACAGCAUCCGCCACAACCUCUCCCUCAACGACUGCUUCGUCAAGAUCCCCCGGGAGCCCGGCAACCCCGGCAAGGGCAACUACUGGACGCUGGACCCCCAGUCCGAGGACAUGUUCGACAACGGCAGCUUCCUCCGCCGCAGGAAGCGCUUCAAGAGGCACCAGCAGGAGCAUCUGCGGGACCAGACGGCGCUGAUGAUGCAGGGCUUCGGCGCCUACGGCCUCGCCGGCCCCUACGCGCCCUACGGGCUGCACCCCGGCGCCUACCCCCACCCGGCCGCUCUGCAGUACCCCUACAUCCCCCCGGUGGGGCCCAUGCUGCCCCCCGCCGUGCCGCUCCUGCCGUCCAGCGAGCUCAGCCGCAAAGCCUUCAACUCCCAGCUCAGCCCCAGCCUCCAGCUCCAGCUCAACAGCCUGGGGGCCGCCGGCUCCAUCGUCAAGUCGGAGCCCAGCAGCCGCCCCUCUUUCAGCAUCGAAAACAUCAUCGGCGUCCCCGCCGCCAGCUCGGCCGCCAGCGCCCAGACUUUCUUGAGGCCGCCGGUCACCGUCCAGUCGGCCCUGAUGGCCCACCAGCCGCUGGCGCUGGCCAGGACCACCGCAGCCAUCGCCCCCAUCCUCAGCGUGCCUACCAACAUCAUCGCGGGGCAGUUCCUGCAGCCCGCAGCCCCCGCCGCCGCCGUGCAGGCCAAAUGGCCGGCUCAGUAGCCCCCCAGGGCAUUAGCCGCGGCCACUAGCCACGGGGGUACCACGGGCCGCCCCCUCGGGGCUCCGCGCCCGGGCUCCGAGCAGCGGGUAUUUGGCCCCCAGCCGCUGCCGCCGCUUGUACAUAUUUGUAUCAAAAAUUACUGACGUUGCUUUCGGGGUUUUUAUUUUUCUAAAGAGGCGAAAUGACGGUCGCGAUUAGGAGCUGGCGAACUUUCACUUUUUUUGAAGGUUCCGACGCUCCGAGCGGUUUUAUCCGACAUAAACGAACAAACCAGGGAAAAAAAAUAUCAAAGAAAGAAAAAAAAAAAAAAGCGGGGGAAAUUUUAAUUAUUAAAUGAACGAUCAAAAAAAAAAAAAGAAUUUUGGAGGAAAAAAAAAAGGAGGAAAACGCUGUCAUUCUAUUAUAGAAGUCUGUUUAUAUAUGAAUGAAUAUAUGUAUUCUAAAUGUUAUCCCUUCGUGUUGUACACAACUUUGU